UGCGCGAGAGUCACCCGCCUUUAUCGGCUGUUUCGUAUCAGACGGAGUAAGGAGUGGACGUUUUUGAGAAAAACAUUCCGGUUUACCAAAUCAUGAGGAAUUUUUUGAUAUUGUUGUCUUUUGCUGUUAUUUUGUUGACACAACAAUGCACCAGCCUCCCAGUGGAAGAGACAGUGGUGUCUGUGUAUACCACGCACCCCACCACUUCGGGCACGAGCCCUCCUCUCAACGUGUACAAUCAGAUCGCCAAUAACCUUGCUGAGAGGAUCACCUCGCCUAUAUACAAGUUCCUCGGCAUAAAUAGCACGAAGCCAGAAACCAGCACGAAAUCAUGGGGAAAGAUCGAACUGCAAGACGACCAGGACUUAACGAACAAACACGAAGUCAAACCUCUUGACAACGACAUUUCAAAAGACCGAGAUGUCGAAGAACUAUCCCCAGAUAGUAUCAAUAAGAAAGCUGAUAAAAAACCAGAGAAAAUAACGCUAUAUUCAAGCUAUUUACCAGUUCUAGCUAAAGCCAGUCAGGCAUCUUAUAGUGAUCAGAUUGAAGCUAAGAAUGAUACUUGGAAUGAAUUAGAGGAUCCCUUUGAUUGGGAUGAGCCGGAACCCAGUAAGCCUAAAGCAGGGCCCUUGGUUUAUGUUCUAGAACUUUUUGGAAGCUUCUUCCAGCUGUUGUGGGGAGGUAUCAUGGCGUUGUUUAGACCAAAUUCAGGACCGAAAACUGGAGCUUUAUAAUAGGUUUGAGACGUAAUGGUAUUUGCAUAUUAUAUCGGGUGUGUCGUUCACAAUCACAUUAAAUCCUAUCGCAU